AUGGUGAUUAUGUCGAGGGCCUAUUUGCCCAUUAGCCAAAUCACUGAUGAAACGCGCCACUGGACUGCGUUCAUUCAAGUCGUUGAAAGAGCACCGAUUCAAACAAGAAAAAGUAAUCCGCAGGUGCUCUAUCGAAGAUACUUAUUCACUGAUGGAGAGACUAAAACUUGUUGGGUCGCUGGCAAGCUAAAAUAUUUAGGGGACAAAAGAUCUUUAUGGACAGCUACUUGCAACAAUUUCCGCAAAAAUUACGAUGUUCCUCCAAAUACACCAGUGAAAUGUCGCAGUUGCAGGGAAGAUACCCUUGUUCAAGCAAUGUGUCGAUUGCCAGUUGCAAUUGAAGACGCAACCGGAAACAUACAUGCAAUGUUGUAUGAUUCAAAUGCUGAGCGAGUAAUUCCAUUUAAUGGGACUGACUUAUAUGAAGCCGAACAACAGGGGGUAGAUUUGACAGGUCAAAUUACAGCAGCAAUGAAUGAACAUCGUGUGGUUUGCUUCAUCAAACACUACGAAUCGACUCACCAUACCGUCCUAAAGCUUUAUACAGUUGAUGCCAUGCAAGCAGACAAAAAUUUCCUCGAACCUAAGCACCUGGCAGAACAAGCAUCAGCCUCAGCUUCAAUCAAGGUACCAGACAAAGAGCUCUUCAGUCCAACACUAAAAAACGUUCUGACCUCCCUCACUCCAGCACGCGGAAAACCUGCACCACUUGCAUCCUCAGAACCGGCAGUCAAAAAACGCAUCAACUUCGACAACCAACAAUCCUCCACCACAGGAAGCAGCACCCCAUUCACACAAAUUCCUGAAACAUCCACCCAAACAGCUCAGCAAACCACCCCGGCAUGUGAUACAACCCCGACAAAGAAAAGUCGUCCAAAAAUGGACUAA